AUGGAUAUCGAAAUUAAUUAACUAUAAUAUAAUAAUCAAUAAGGAGAGGAGUUUAAGUAAGCUGAAGAAUAAAUAAUUGAAUAGGAUCAUAGAAAAUAUUCUAGUGAUGAAGAAGAGGAAGAUGAUGAAGAUAUCAUAUAAAAAUAAAAAAACGAAUCUAUCAAAGAUGAGAAUACUACAUAAAUAAGCAAUUAAGAUGGAGGAGAUGGCUAAAAAUAAAAGAAGAAGAAGAAAAAGAAAAGAAAAAGAGACUUACCUGAAGAGGAGGAAACUGAUUAUGAAGUAGAUAUUGUCAAAAAAGCUAAAACAUCAAAAUUAUUACUUUGUGAAGCAAUUCAAGAUCAUUUAAGAUAAAGAUAUGCAUUAAUAGAAGCCAACCCUUGGUUAUUAAUUGUAUCUGAUAUACCAAGAAUGAUUACAGAUAUUGAAAUUAAGGAGUUCUUCAAUAUUCUAAUUUCUAAAUUAAGACCAGAACUAGCUGAACCCUCACCUGUUGUAAAAGUAGAUGUUAUGACCAAUGGAUAAUUUGCUACUAUGCAUAUGAGUUGUAAAUUGGCCAAAAGCUUUGCUCUUACUUUAAGGGGUGUUGAAUUCUAAAAAUGCAAAUUGAUGAUAGAAAAACCCAAGCAAUACUUUUUUAGGAUGUAUAUGGAGAAAUAAUAAAAUGAUGAUGUUAUGGUAGAUGUAGAUGAUGGUGCUUUGUAGCAAAUGCAAAUGAAUAAAAUUUAUAUGGGUGGUUUGCCUACUUAUUUAAAAGACAUAGAUGUUAGAAAAUUAUGUGAAACCUUUGGCAAAUUAAAAUACUUUAAUGUAGCAAAACAAUAAAAUGAAAAUAAAGAGCAAGUUUCUAAAGGUUACUGUUUUUUUGAAUACGAAGAUCCAAAUAUCACUGAGAAAGCUAUUAAAGCACUUAAUGGUCUACCUUGUGGUGAUAGAAAGUUAAAAGUUUCUAGAGUCACAAAAGAUCAAAAUAAACUUGCAAAUACACAAUAAAUUUAAAGUGAAAAAAACAAAUUAGCUCCUUCUAAUAAUAGUGGUAGUUUUCUAGGAGGUUCUGAUUUAAUUAGAAAAGACGAAUUUUAAAAGUUAUUAACUAUUCCGGAAUUUACUUCUCUUCCAAGUAGAGUUAUUCAAUUAUUAAAUAUGGUGUCAAUUGAAGAUCUAUUUGAAGAUGACAUUGUAGAUGAUUUAUAUUAAGAUGUUAUGACAGAAUGCGAGAAAAUAGGACCAGUUGAGAAAAUAGAAAUCCCAAAGCCAUGCAAAACUACAGGCAUAUGCCCUCCAUGCAUAGGAAAAGUUUUUGUUAAAUUUAAAUAUAUGUUGAAGGCAAAGAAGGCAAGAUAUAGUUUGAAUGGAAGAACAUAUAAUCGUAGAACAGUAAUAGCUUCAUUUUAUCCUGAGGAUAAGUUUGAUCGCAAAGAUUUUCUUGUUUCUAUUUUGUGA